AUGUCUUCCCUAGCAUCCUGUAUAUUCUGCAAAAUCAUCAAAGGCGACAUCCCCUCCUUCAAACUCUACGAAUCCGAAAAAGUAUUCGCGUUCCUCGACAUAAACCCGCUUUCCAAGGGCCAUGCGCUGGUAAUUCCAAAACACCAUGGCGAGAAGAUAACGGAUAUUCCUGAUGACAUGCUGAGUGAGAUAUUGCCGGUGGUGAAGAAAUUAGUAAAAGCGACUGGCGCGGAGAAUUACAAUGUCCUGCAGAAUAAUGGACGGCUUGCGCAUCAGGAGGUUGAUCAUGUUCAUUUCCAUAUGAUCCCAAAACCGAACCAAACUGAAGGAUUGUCAAUUGGUUGGCCACAGCAGAAGACGGACAUGGAUAAGUUGAAGGCUUUGUUUGAGGACAUCAAAAGUAAGAUGUGA